UUAUGACGAAUACGUAUUUGGUUUUAUUUUCUAUAUUUCUAUACAUGUAUUUUAAUAAAACAUUCGUAAAUUCGAAUAAAUGGGAAAACUAGCGAUCUCGCGAUAUCUGCCCUUAGCAACUGGAAUGUUUACCCUGGAAACCACAGCCUUGCUAGAUUCAAGACACCAGUUCAGAUUGCCAUUCAUAUGCAGUCUCCCGAUGAAAGCCAGUUCUGGUUCCACGGCCCGUCCCUGUGGAGCCUGAUUGCUGAAUAUGUUCCUGGGUCAGAGCUACCAAAGAUCCGUGCAGCACUGGGCCACUCCUUGGUUGACAUGUACACAGACAGGCACACUGAGGCAGAGAGGUGGCACAAGAUGUGGCAGGAGAGCCAGCGAGAUGGAAACCAUGGCAGCAGGGCAGGCACCCCACUCCCACGUCAGCAGGGCUCCCCCCUGGCUGACCCCCCUGUAGUCAAAGAGCUGGUGAGAGCUGAGGUCAAGAUGUUACUGCAGACUCUCAGAGAGAGAGUCAGCAGGGCAGGGAGAGAUGGUGAGGAGCUCCUGUUUCGCUACAAACCUGAGACUGUGAACUAUGCCCUCAGUCACCUUGAAAUCUGUUACACUAACUGUAACAACCCUGGAGAUACUGAUAAUGAAAGCAGACCCAGCUCUCACUGUUCGGUCCAGUCCAACGCUGAAGACGAGAUUGAGGCAGUAAGAGACAAGCUGAAUGUCACAGACAUUGAUGAAGUGGUGGACCGCCUUAAGUCUUUCCUAAUGGAGGAAUGUGAUGUGCUGAAAAGACUGAUAAAGCAUUUAAAGGGAAGUAUUAAACAAAAGAGUCAAUGUGAAUCUGAUAAAUCAGAACCUACCCUUGCAGAGUUGAGAGAGCUACGAGGAGCUAUACAGACGGACUUGGAGCUCUACCCCUCUUCACUUGCUGCUUCACCCCCAGCCUCGCCCUCUCUCCACGUGAAGGAAUUGAACAACAGGUUCAGACUGUCAGCAGGACAAAAGGCCUCCGAUGAGACUCUGCAAGCCUUAAAUGCUACAUCAGUCCUUAGACCGCAUCCACCUCCUCCUCUGGACCAUCCUAAACCCAGGCCACCAGCUGGACCUCCUCGCAUUAAGACCACUUCCUCAGUCAAACCAAUUCAUUUCUCCUCACUGUCCAGGACUAAUGGUGAGCAUAGAAGCGCAUUAGCUUCCAGUAAAUUAAGCAAAGUACCGAUAAACAACAAGAUCACCACUUCCAAGCAAGUAAACAGCCUCUUCACCACUGACCAGAUAAUGGUGAAGAGUGAAAACCACCUCAGUCUUUCUCCAGAGCAAGAUACAUCUGGUCUCCACUGCAGGCUCCCAGUUUCUAGUCUAAGUCUCCAAAUAAAAACUCAAAGAAUCUCACCCAUCCAUGAAGCCCGUCUGUCAUCCCAUCGCAGUAUUCACAGCCUAAGCAGAGAGUGUGAUUCAUCACCACAGAGGGAAAGAGAAAGCAGCUCCAUCUGGAGGUCAAGAAACAUCAUUACUACCCCCUCACCUGUUCCAGCUCUCAGCCCUCUAAGUGAUGCAGGCAGUUAUAGCAACAGUAGUAUUGAUCAUUCUGGGUCAACAACAGGGAAACCAGAGACGCCAGAUAGGCAAAAGACAAGUACCUGUGGAGGUGGUUUAGUGUCGGCAACACUCCAAGCAGAAAUCAACAGAAGGAAGAGUACCUCUGAGAGUUCUCAUUCUUCAGUCAUGUCUGAAACUGGGAGCCCUCCUGCAAAAAAUGGUGGCAGUAAGAGCAACAGUCGAGUUGAUAGAAAUAAAAAUGGUCAUCUUGGGAAGGAUGUCACCCAACUGCAAAGCCUUAGUAGCUGCUGUUUGACAUAUCACUCCUCACAGCAUUCAGAGAGCAGUGGUAAACAGGGACAGGCCAAACGCUCUCAGCCAGCAUCUAUACAGCUAAAUGGACAACUCUUUACUUCCCCCAAAAGACCACUUGGGGGCACCACAAGUCAGCCAAAAAGUGUCCAGGAGUUGCAGACAGAGCCAGAGUUUAUCAGCAAGUUUUACCACCCAGUUCCUCCUCCAAGAGUGUCAACUUGAAGUCAGCUCCAGACCAAAUAGAAAGUGUUUGGCACUGUCUUUUAUGAGAUAAAUGUUUGGGAGUAUGAUAAACUGAUGUUGAGUUUUUUUUUUUGUUUUUUUUUUUUCAUUUUGUGUAUGUGGAGAAAAAGAAAUGGAGUCAUGUCACAGCUGGGCCUGGUCCUUGGAGUGUUUUUUUCCAUCAAGCAUUAACAGAAAACCUGGAUUCUUGAAUUUCCAACAGAAAACGGCAGUGAUUUGAGUGCUUGUAAUUGUGCAGUGUCUAAUUAUUUGAUUGAAAUAUAUGUGUCGUUACGACUGUAAACAGUGCAAAACAUCAUCACUAUUUAUUGUGACAUGACAUAGCAGGGAGACUUUUUGUUUGAACACCAGCCUAAAUACUUGAGUCCCAGGAUGAUUAUGUGCUCUGGUUUGAAAAGAGUAAUAAAGUCAAUGUUAUAUCUGCCCCAACAAAGGGGUGUUCCUAUUGACACUUAAUUUAAUUUGGAGAACAGGGCAUGGAAAAUUAAUAAUGGGUUAAAGGGAAAUACUUAACAAUAGUCCGAAACAAAGUCCAAAUACUAAACUGCAACAGCUUCAUAAUAAAAGUUCUUUCCGCGGUUCUGGAUGUCAAUCAGUUUUCAUUUUUAGUUGGUUUAUUACUGUAAAUUGAAUGCAUAAUGUAUGUUCCGUUUUACCACAAAAUCAAAUCGGAAUCAACGAGCUGAAGUUGAAGUACAGGCUUUUGUUAUGAAGUGGUUGUAGAAACGCUGAGUUACCUACUGCAGUGUGAGUUUUACUAAAUUGAAGUGCCUCGAGAUAACUUCUGUUGUGAAUUGGCGCUAUAUAAAUAAAAAUUGACUUGACUUGACUUGAAACAUCACCGCCCUUGGAAACCCACGACAAAGGGGGCUGCUUUAAUCGCUAUUUAGGGUGUCGGGUGGAUGAAGGUAAGAGAAGGUAAACUAGCCAGUUUUCCGCCAUAAUCUCAAUUCAUUUAACGACGUUAGCGGCUAAUUAGGCUAACUGUUAGCCUCAGCGUCUUUAGCGUGAACGCUAACGUUAGCUAACAGUAGCAUUUGUAUCUAUCGUGCCCAUUUUUAAAACAAUUUUGUAAUUAAUAAUUGCAUUAAUUACAUUACAGUUAUUUUUAAUUUCCUUUAGAUGGACUCUUAAAUAACAUUUCUGUGUGGUAGCUCAGGUAAGCUUAAAUUAAUUAGCA